AUUGUCAAGUGUCAACAUUUGCUAAUCUAAACUCUAAACUAACCUUAAAAAAUGAUAAGUGAUAAAAAGCGAUAACCUUUGCUCAUUUUGUUUUUAUUAAAUAAUAGGUAGCUUAGUUUAUUUUAAUUCUUUUACGCGGUGUUUAAUUCCUAGCACAUAAAAUGACUCGUCACUUAAAAGCUUUAAUUGGACCUAGUAUUCUUAAUGCCGACUUAUCGAAGUUGCACGAAGAAUCUCAAAAACUCUUGGAUAAUGGAGCAGAUUAUUUACAUUUAGACGUUAUGGAUGGACAUUUUGUUCCCAAUUUAACAUUUGGUCAUCCUGUAGUGAAAUGUCUUCGUAGUAAAAUAAAGGAUGCUUUUUUUGAAACCCAUAUGAUGGUAUCAAAACCAGAGCAGUGGAUAGCCCCUAUGGCUGAUGCAGGUGUCAAUCAAUAUACUUUUCAUAUUGAACCAGUAACUAACGUGGAAGAUGUAUGCAGAAAAAUAAAGGAACAUGGAAUGAAGGUUGGAGUGGCAAUUAAACCUGGUACACCUGUAUCAGAAGUGGAGAAAUACAUUGACAUAUCAGACAUGGUGCUUAUAAUGACAGUUGAGCCUGGUUUCGGAGGACAGAAGUUUAUGGAGAAUCAGAUGGAGAAAGUAAAAUACCUCAGGGAACAUUAUCCUUUGCUUGAUAUUGAAGUGGAUGGUGGAGUAGGACCCUCAACGAUAAAUUGUUGUGCUAAUGCUGGGGCCAACAUGAUUGUAUCUGGAACAGCUGUUAUUGGAGCUGCAGAUCAAUCGGCAACUAUUAAACUUCUGAAGGAGACAGUGCAAAGUGUCAUUGAUAAAGAAUAAUUUUAACUAUAAAUUAUUCUGCAUCAAAACAUAGAAAUGAUUGCCAAGACUGUAGUACUAAAAAAUGAGCAAAAUGGUAACAAUGGGAUCUUAAAUAGAUAACAGAUUUUUUUUUCUAAAAGGAAAUAAAAUGGCAUUGUGUUAUCUUAAAAUAUAAUUCUGUCUUAAAAAGCAAUGUUUAAUAUACUUGUACAAAAAAGUACACAUUCCUAUGAAUAUAAAAUGUCUUAUAUAAGAUUUUGUAGUUUUAUAAAAUAAAGAAAUUACUUUUU